AUGCACAUACAAGAGAAAGCUGCUAUUUUAUCCAAUGCUACAUUUGUUUACCCUGUAAAAUUCUAUCUCAGUGGGUUUUCUGAUGUCCCUCAUGUUCAGUAUUUUUUAUAUCUUCCUGUGUUUUGUCUAUAUAUAUAUAUGACUGUUCUUGGGAAUGGCCUCCUCCUCUCAGUGAUUUACCUGGUCAACACUCUUCAUACUCCUAAAUACAUGAUUGUGUUCAACCUGGCUUUGACAGAUUUGUGUUGGAGCACUGCUCUCAUCCCAAAACUCUUGGACACAUUUUUGUUUGAUAGCAGAUACAUUGUCUAUGAGGCCUGUUUAAGUUAUAUGUUCUUUGUUUGGUUCUUCUUAGGUGUGCAGUCAUGGACACUUGUGAUUAUGGCAUAUGACAGAUGUAUAGCAAUUUGCUUUCCUUUAAUGUACCACAGUAUUGUGACCAAACCAGCUAUUGUUGAAAUGCUGCUGUUUGUGUGGGUUUUUAUAUCGUGUCUAAUAACAUGCAUGGUUGGAUUUCUUAAUUGUCUCUUCUUCUGCGGAUCUGUGGUGAUAAAAAGCUUUUUCUGUGACCAUGGACCAACAUUCCAUCUGGCCUGUAAUGACAACUCUGUAAAUUAUAUAACAGCACUUGUUAUUAUUACAACUGUCUCUUUUCCUCCUAUAUUGAUAGCACUGACAUAUAUUUGCAUUGCUAUAGCACUGAGCAGGAUUGCAUCAGGACAGGAAGGACUCAAAGCUUUGAAAACUUGUACUUCUCAUCUGAUUAUUGUGGCUAUUUUCUUCCUACCAGUCAUAGCCACCAACAUGGCUGCUGCUCUGACCUCCUACCUCCAUCCCAAUGCCAGGAUCAUAAACUCUACUUUGACAAACACCAUACCACCUUUAUUUAAUCCAGUAAUAUACUCUUUAAAAUCAGAAGAAGUGUUGAACUCUAUCAAGAAACUCCUCAAAAACAACAGACUGCAGCAUAACCUUUUCCAGAAAGGUGUGCAGUCAUAG